AUCGCCGCGGGGCAAGGCACUCAGGUCGCGAUAUAUAAAAGUGGCCCGCGGGAGCACGGAGCAGGCGAGCACCAGCCCAGCGGCAGAUCAGUUGAGGCGGCCGAUUCCAGGGUUUAGAGGAGAGAGGAGCGGAGAUGUUGAAGGUCCUCGAGGGGCGGCGCCAGGCCAAGAUGGGGUUCAGGAUGCCGGCGGAGUGGGAGCCGCACGAGCAGUGCUGGAUGGGAUGGCCCGAGCGUCCAGAUAACUGGAGGGAGAAUGCUGGUCCAGCUCAAGAGGUAUUUGCUAGAACUGCAAUUGCCAUUUCAAAGUUUGAAAACGUCACGUUAUGUGCAAGUGCCAAGCAGUAUCCCAAAGUCCACGAGCUCAUGGAACAUCAGACCAACAUCAGGGUGGUUGAGAUGAGCAUGAAUGAUUCCUGGUUCCGUGAUAUGGGACCCACUUUUAUCACUCGUAAAGGUGAUUCAGGAAACGCAGAAAAAACAAUUGCAGGAAUUGAUUGGCAAUUUAAUGCCUGGGGAGGAAUCUAUGAUGAUUGGAGUCUUGACAGCGAUGUUGCCAAGAAAAUAGUCGAGAUUGAGAGGAUUCCUAGGUUUCUGCAUAAAAUGAUCCUUGAGGGUGGUAGCAUUCAUGUAGAUGGAGAAGGUACAUGCAUAACAACAGAAGAGUGCUUGUUGAAUCCUAACAGAAACCCCAACAUGACCAAACUGGAGAUAGAGAAUGAGCUAAAGGAUUUUCUUGGAGUCUCAAAGGUCAUCUGGAUACCUCGUGGACUUUACGGUGAUGAGGAUACGAAUGGCCACGUUGACAAUAUGUGCUGUUUCAUUAAACCCGGUGUGAUCCUACUGUCGUGGACCGAUGAUGAGAAGGACCCUCAGUAUGAACGGUCAGUCGAGGCACUGUCUGUUCUCUCUCAGUCCAUUGACGCGAAAGGACGGCAGCUCGAAGUGGUGAAGAUCCACGUCCCUGGGCCUCUGUACAUGACAAAAGAAGAGGCAGAGGGUGUUGUUUCAACGGGGCAUGCUGUGCCGAGGGAACCAGGCACGAGAUUGGCCGCCUCGUAUGUGAACUUCUACAUCGCCAAUGGCGGGAUUGUAGCACCUUCUUUCGGCGACAACAAGUGGGACAAGGAGGCAUAUGCGGUUCUCCAGAAGGCGUUUCCUGAUCACGAGGUGGUGAUGGUUGAAGGCGCUCGAGAGAUCGUGCUGGGAGGUGGAAACAUUCACUGCAUCACGCAGCAGCAGCCCGUGCGCCCGUCGUCCUAGGUGCAACCGACGUCGACGCGAAGGCGAUGAAGAGCAUGCUGGUAGCGUCAUUUUGUAUACUACUAGUAUUUAGUAGGUGAAUUGAUCUCGCUCUAGAGAUACAAAAAUAAUUCCCGUUUCCUCCAGGCCCAUGUGACGCAGAAGCGUCCUGGCUGCGCUAGGAGAGAAAACGGCGAUGUAGGACGAGCGCGUGAGUGGGGUAAUCAAACAAUUUCUUCGUGUAGCUUGGCUGAAAAAAAAAAUAAGCAAAUUACCCACUCCAUUCUGAAUUAUAAGUCAUUCUAACUUUCUUGAAGAGUUAAA